AUGCUUGCCAAAAAGCAAUUUGAAAAGAAAGUUAAAGGUCCCCUAGUAUACCAAGGCAAUGGAACUCAUGAAUGGUUAUUGCAAGAAGACACUGCAAGUCCAACUAUUUUGCAAGAAGCAAUCACCACUACUUGUGUUAUUGAUGCACACAAAGGUAGAGAUAUGAUGUCGUUGGACAAACCUAAUGCUUUCAUCCAAACUUACAUGCCUGAAGCAAAGGAUGGAGAAGAUCGUAUCUACAUGAAAAUCACUGGAAUUAUGGUCCAGAUAUUGAUUGACAAGCCACAAGAGUAUUGUGAAUACGUUGCAUUAGAGAACAGAAAACGAGUGAUCUAUGUGCAGGUACUAUGUGCCAUAUAUGGGAUGUUACAAUCAAGCCUAUUAUUCUAUAAUCAAUUUCAAAGUGAUUUGGAGGAAAAGGGAUUUAUUUUCAAUCCGUAUGAUCCAUGUGUUGCUAACAAGGCUGUUAAUGGAAAACAACAAACUCUUAGAUUUCAUGUUAACAAUCUUAUCUCAAGUCACAUGGAUCCAAAGGUAAAUGACAAGUUUGCUGAUUGGUUGAACGUGAGAUAUGGUUUGACCAAGGAGUGCACAAUUGUCAGAGGAAAGAUACACAGGUAUCUUGGAAUGACUUUGGAUUUCUCGGUGAAAGGAAAACUCAAGAUCUGCAUGGAUGACUAUGUCAAGAACAUGUUGGAAGAUUUUCCAGUAAAGUUCAACAAAGAGUCAAAGCAAGAUACACCAGCUGGUAAUGAUUUACUGAAAGCUGGUAAAGGAAAGCUAUUCAAUACUGAGUAUUGUCAAAUCUUUCAUACUACUGUUGCAAGAGGACUUUAUGUCUCAAAGAGAGCAAAUUUGGAUAUUCGUCCAACUAUUACGAUUUCUGCCUCGAGGGUUUGA